ACGUCAUAAUCAUGCUAAUACAAGCACGCAAAUAUUUAUCAAAAGGCUAAGGAGAAAGAGAUAAAAAGAAAAGCGAUUAACAAACCAAAAUCAAAGUACACUCCAGCUCGAUGUGCUUAUUGAUAUGCAUUGUGCAAUGGUAUAGAUGCCUGGUGUACGACAAUUCUUCACAGAUCUGAUGGCAAGAUUUUCUGAGGAGGCCCGCGUUUUAAGAGACAGGGGUUAUCAGUUUGUAGAUAAUGGUCGGCUUGGGGAAGGGACGUACGCGAAAGUAAAGUGUGCCUAUUCUACUCAACUAGCCAAUCAUGUCGCGGUCAAAAUCAUUGACAAAAAGCGAGCACCGUCGGAUUUUAUUAACAAGUUUUUGCCUCGUGAGAUGGUUGUGAUUAAGAGACUUCGGCAUAAACAUAUCAUACAAGUUCUCGACUUGUUUGAGGUGCGCGAAAAAGUGUAUGUGAUAAUGGAACUCGCUACAAGAGGGGAUCUUUUAGAGUAUAUCCGUUACCGAGGCUGUGUACGUGAGAGAAAGGCAAAGAAAGUCUUCUCCCAGUUGCUGCAAGCGGUAAAAUAUUGUCACCAACAGGGCGUGAUUCACAGGGAUCUCAAGUGUGAGAAUGUCUUAUUGGAUAUCGGAGAUAAUGUCAAACUGACGGACUUUGGAUUCUCAAAGUUGAAUCCACGGAAAGAACUGUGCAAGACAUUUUGUGGUUCAGCAGCCUACGCCGCUAUUGAAAUAUUACAAGGUACCGAGUACGAUGGCGAGAAAGCCGACAUUUGGAGUCUAGGUAUUAUUCUGUAUACCAUGGUAACGGGACGCAUGCCUUUCGAUGACGCGAACAUGACGACAUUGCUGCGUCAGAUUAAACGGGGAGUCGAGUUCAGGAAACCAAAACAGAUGGUUUCCGAGGAAUGCCGGGAUCUCAUACGGUGCAUGCUCACGCAUAACUACGAAUAUCGCAUCAUCAUUCCUGAGAUCGAGGCUCACAGGUGGAUAAUAUCAGACCUGCGAGAGGGAUCAUCAAGUACAUCGGAGCAAACUAUAGAAUCGUUCAAGUCAGCUAGAUCGAGUUGAAUAGAACAUUGCAUGGUCCUAUGCAUUGAUCAUCCCAGCGUCUGGGGUUGUAUUGCAAAAUAUAGGAAUGGCUUGUUUUCGAAGUUUUUUCUAGAAUUUUUCCAACAAGCACCUUCACAGAGAAACAAAGAAUUUCUCAUCAUAGUCUGUUAUACUUAUACCGUGAUUUGUUUAAUCUGAUAUAUUUUA